AUGGAAACAACUCCUAACACCACAAACAAUGUACCUGGUCAAUCUGGAUCCUCGUCGUCAGGGGCUGCUCAGAGGCUCCGCGCUCUCUCAUCAAGACAGGAGCGAAAGCUCGUAAACUACCUCGACGGGCGCUUUCUAGACCUUACCCGGAAUUUCAAGAAACGAUCGCAGCCCUCAUCCACUGUCCAGACCCUAUGCGCGUUCCUCGAGACCUCGCGCGCCCUGCUGGCGUUCAUCCUCCAAAUCCCGCCCAUCGACCCCUCGACGAGCCUCCGCACGGCGUACCUCCUGCGUCUCACCGGCGACGUCCUCGGUGCGAUCCCGGGGUACAAGCUGAGCGCCCUCGGCGUGCCGGUGCACGCGACGCUCCAAGACCUCCUUGACUUCCUGGACGACCUCGACCAGGCGUGGAUUACCGUCCUGCGCGGGCAGGUGUGGGACCCGGAGGCAGCGGAGGGGGUCGAUCUGCGGCUUCCCCAACUCCAAGAGACGAAUGGGUUGUCGUCGGAUGAUGCGAACUCGGAAUCAGACUCGAACGAGAAACCGCAGAGAUCGAGCCCGCCGAGUCAGACCGACCUCGCGAGGCUCCGCAGCUUGCUCUUCUCGGGCGAAGCGACGCUCGAGGAAUGGUUGUCCCAUGAACGAGACGGAGGCGAUACACCUGCAACAUUCACCAAUGGCGAUAUCCCAGGCGCGGGCAAGGAUGCUGCGGACGAUAUAUCGGUCAUGUUGGCUCGGAUGGGCCUGCUGGAGCAGUUCGAUGCGCUCUUUGUCCGUACGCUCGACCACCUGGGGGGUUUCUCAGACAGAGUCGCUGAGAAUUUCGUGCAUCCCGGCGAAGAGGUGGUCAUGGAGGCACCGAUGGUGUUGGGUGGUUGUCAGCUUGGAACGUAG